AUGAUAAGAGAGACGAGGCGACAGCAGAGACAACUUGAUAUAAUUAACCAUGAACUGCAACGAGCACAAAUAAACAUUGUCAGUGAACCGAGUGAUACUGACGAUACUGACGCCGAGGAAGAAGAUAAUUGCCCUCGGAAUCUUCCACCCGAACCAAAAAAAUUCUGGACGUUCAAGAAGAAGCUAGGCUUGUCGUUGUUGGGUGGCGUGGCAGCCGUUGUGGCGACACCAUUAGUGCUUGGUGCUGUUGGAUUCACUUCAACCGGAAUCUUGGCAGGGUCUUUAGCAGCGAAGGCCAUGUCCGCUGCUGCUAUUGCCAAUGGAGGAGGCGUGGCUGCAGGGUCAGCAGUUGCAAUUUGUCAGUCUGUUGGUGCAGCAGGUCUCGGGGCCACUGGUGUGGCCGCUGUAGGGUCUACUGGGACCGCGGUCACCUUAGGAACUGUAACUGCUGUGGAGAAACUUACUCAAAAAGACAAAUGAGGCUGAAUUCAGAAACACUUUAAUUUUACAAUAAGAGUCAA